GAGGUGUGCGAGGCGUCUAACAAGUGGUAUCAGAGCCUGUUGUUUUCCAUAGCUUUACCGCAGGAAACAAGAUCAUGGCCGGAAGAUUAUUUCAAGCGGGAAUAUCCAAAGGACAAUCCACUACUUGUCCUCCACUCUUUGACGGUACAAAUUAUGCAUAUUGGAAGGAAAGAAUGAGGAUAUUCAUACAAUCAAAUGACUUUGACUCAUGGAUGCUAAUCAAGCAUGGAAACACUACCCCUGCAAAUAUUGUUGAUGGAAUUCGUGUUCCCAAGUUGGAAUCCGAAUAUGAUGAUCAAGACAAGAAGAACGUCAUGCAAAAUGCCAAAGCCAUCAACUAUCUUUAUUGUGCAGUCAACCCUGAUGAUUAUAGGAAGAUAUCAAGAUGCAAAUCCGCCAAUGAGAUGUGGACUAAACUCGAAGUCACUUAUGAAGGUACAUCUCAAGUUAAAGAUGCUAAAGUUGAUAUCUUAUUGCAUGAAUACGAAUUAUUCUCAAUGAAGGAGAAUGAAAGCAUUGAUAGUUAUUUUGAGAGAUUCUCUACAAUCAUCAACAAUCUUGACACGCUCGGAAAGUAUUACACCGAUCAUGAGCUUGUCCGGAAAAUUAUGCGUUGUAUGACUCUUGAGUGGAAAUCCGAGGUGAACGCCAUAACUAAAGGAAGAGACUACAAUGUCUUAACUUAUGAUACUCUUCGUGCGAAACUACUCACAUAUGAAACUACUACUCCUCAUCUACGUGGUGAAGACAAGAGGAGGAAAUCUAUGGCAUUGAAAGCCAAGGAAGUUGUAGAGGAAAAUGAAGAAGAUGAUGAUGAAUCACUUAAUUCAGAAGAUAAUCCCGAACUUGCACUUGUCAUUAAACGCUUCAACAAGUUUAUCAAGAAAAGCUUCAAGCCAAGGAGAGAUAAUGGCAAGAAAGCUACACCACCUAAAUGCUAUGAAUGUGGUGAGAUAGGGCAGAUCAAGCCUUAUUGUCCUAAGUUAAAGCAAGGGAAGGACAAUAAGUUCAAGAAGAAGCAAAAAGCAUUCAUCUUCCGAAACAAGUGAUGAGGACGAAGAAACAGCAAAUCUUUGUCUAAUGGCUACCGAGGAAGAGGUAUCUUCUAAUUCUUUUUCAACUCCUUAGCUUUAUCGUCUUCAAGUGAUUGCUUUUCAUUGGAUGAUUUACAUAGUGCAUUUAGUGAUCUCUAUGGUGAAUUUCUCAAAUCCACCAAAGAAAUUAAGCUUGCCAAAGAAAAUGUCACAUCUUUAGAAGCUCAAAUAAUUAAACUUAAUAAAGAGAUGGAUUUGUU